AUGACCACUUACGCCCCAUACGGCUUCUCUACCGACAAUUUCCCCCCCACAUUCAAAGGUCUUCGAUACAGUCCGGCUUCUUCCUCUCCUGGCACUCCUCCGACGCCCAAAGAGCAGCAAGAAGCACUGACGUUCUACGAGCGAUAUGAGCACCCCAAAGAAGACAAAAGGAGAGACCGUACUCCUAGGAAGAGUCCCGCUGCUAAAGAGAAAGCUUUCAGGAACAAGAAGCGCGCUCUGGAAAAGAAGCAGCGCAAGGUGGAGUCUUAUCAUGGGGUCAGUAUACUUGCCCUCCAGAGCGCCAAGGACUUGAUCAAACGUCGUUAA